AUGGACAACUUGGCAAUGAAUUCCAGUCAGUAUGAGCUUGCUGAGCUGCGACAGAAUACCACAUUCACUGACGUCAUUUCACGGUUUUUAUUGAAAAUGCAUGAGGCUACAAAUAUCGAUAUGCCAGAGACUAACCCUGAAACUGUCCACCAAUGUUAUGGAGCAGUUAGUACAGAAAAUGUGAACAAAAUGCGAGAGGUCCCCAAUCUCCACCUGCUAUACUCUGUGUUUGGGAUGCUCAGCAAUGGCAACAGUACAAAUGAAGUGAAACAGUGCGAUGAGUACAGUUUAAACAGACUUCCGCUUUCAUUCACAAAGGGAGAAAAUUUUUCAUCCGCGUCGUAUAUUCCUGCUACCACACAACUCAGCCCUACACCAACUACCACAAUGGGGCAUGUUAAACGGCCUAUGAAUGCAUUCAUGGUAUGGUCACGUGGUCAGAGGAAGAAAAUGGCUCAAGCAAAUCCCAAAAUGCACAACUCGGAAAUCAGCAAGCGGUUGGGGGUGGAGUGGAAGCACUUGUCCGAGAUGGAGAAACGGCCGUUCAUUGACGAAGCAAAAAGACUUCGUGCAAGUCAUAUGAGAGCUUAUCCGGAUUACAAAUACCGACCAAGGCGUAAACCGAAGUUGAUCAACAAGAGAGAUAAAUGUGUCUAUUCAAUAUCAACCAUUCCCGGUUUGCCGACUCAAGCUGUCUCAAACUACCGAUUUAAUUGGCAGCAAAUGGUUACCGCUUCUGAUUUUCUAAGCAGCAGCUUAUCCGAUGCUUCUCCAUCAAGACCAACCAAUACUGGGAUUGGCAGUGAUACUGGGUUGCACCACACACCGCUGACACUUCCCUCUGCGGUCUCUCUCCUAGCACCGCACCUAUAUCCUGACUGUGGAUGGGACACUCCUGUGGAAAAAAGCAAAAUGUCUUUCGGUUCAGUAGAUCGUUUGAUCGGAAGAUUGUCACCUGAAUAUGGUUCUCCGACUUGUACAGAAAAAGUGAAAUCGUCUUGCGACUGGAUUUUGAUUGGCGACGUACUAGAUGAUCGGAAUUUAUUGCAUCCGCUUUGGAAGGUGAUGAACAAGUCAGCAAAUAAACCUCAUGCUGUCUGUCUUUUGUACUUGCUAAGACGUCAGGGUCAAUUAGUUGUCCGUGGAGAAUCGACAAACCAUGAGGAACGUACCGUGUUCCUGUUACGUGUUGGUAUCGAGUUCGGGCCAGCAUUGAAUGUAAAGCGUGGCCCCAUUCGUGAAACAGAUUUUCGACCUGACCAGGGGAGAGCAGUGGCGGACGUCCUGUUUCCGUGGGAGGUGGUAAUGUCAACUGCAGUGUGA